AUGCAAGAUGCAGGUCCAUAUUCGAAUUGGAAAACCUAUUUGAUCGCGUAUUAGAAACUGUUUAAUAGCCACACGUGGGUGAAAAACACCGCGAAGGAAGUGAGCUAAGAUUGUGCCCACACUUGAAUUGCAGGACAAGAAGCGGGGCCCAAACCAGCGCAAUGAGGAAGCGCAGCUCGCGGUGUAACUCGGACACAUUCAAGGAGGAGCAGAUGGACCACAACGGUGACGACAUCAGUCUGCUGCAGCGCCCACUGCGUACAGCCCACACAGGAUUCGAGGAGGCGCGCCGGGCCUAUGAGGAUGGUACCAGCGAGGUGCGACAGUUGCUUAGUCUAGAGUGCAGCCUGAUCUACGAGUGCAAGGUGUGCCGGAACAUGUUCCGUAGUCUCGCAAAUUUCAUCAGCCACAAGAGGGUCUUUUGCUGCGUCAGCGCUCGUUCUGCGAAUGGCAGUGGAUACACAGAUCAGAACUCUACGAUGAUCAUACAAACCGGUGGCGGGCCGUCACCGCAGGAUAUAGAGAACAUGCUGCGCAGCCGAAGUACAGGCUGUUCUCCAGUUCCUCGUGAUGUGCGUCCCAUUCGAGGAAGUGGUGGUAUACGGGAUCUGAGUGGUGUCAUCGAGCGACUUCGCAGAGAAAAGGCUCAAUCACAGACCAGACGAAGUUCUCCCACGGUUCUGCAGCUGGAGUCUGUGCCAACCUCGAGUCAAGCAGUUUACCAAACCAUCAAGGUAGAUCAGGAGGACAGCAUAAGGACUGAGUUAGAUGAGGUGCAUCGCAUGCUUAAUCCAUCUGAAACCAUUGUGGGACCGGACGGCAAGGCCUUGACCACUGUCAAGAUGGAACGCCACGGUGGCAGCGACUCCGGCGAAACCGGCGAGCAGUCGAUAAGUGACGAAACGGAGACGAGCAUAUUCUGUGAGACCUGCAAUCUGACUUUUCAAACGCACAAAACGCUUGAGCUGCACAUUCAAAAGCAUCACUCUUCAUCGUCGUUUGUUUUUCAGUGUCCCGCCUGUUCUCUGACCUUUUUGCAGGCUGCAGCAGUCAUUCGUCAUUUAUCCAAGGAUCACAAGAAACCAACUCGUCGCAUUCGAAUGAUGCGGAACACAAUUCUCAAGCGCCGCGUUCAGCAAGGAGAUAUUCAGCCAAAGGGUCCUUGUCGUGAGCUAAAGCGCCUUCAGCUCUCCGACGACGUGGUGGGCUAUGUCCCGGAGCCAUUGGAUGCCAGCGGUGAGCACCGUAAAAUCAUGUCUUUGUGUAUCUACUGCGAAAAGUCUUUCGAACGGCGCGCUGCUUUGUCAACCCACCUGCUCAAUUGUCGGGCGAAGCAAGAGGCGCUGGCCAAGCCGGCACCUUCCGUCAAAAAACUUAAAGUGAAGAGCAAUAAUUCCAGUUUGGAUGCAGACGAUGAGGAUCCAACUGCCUCCGUAGAUCUGCCGAAAAGUGAUCCCAUCAAGAAUGAGGAAAUUACUCUAAACGAGAUAUUUAAUGAUCUACCACAGCCAAAUGAUUCAUUUGCUUCCGGCUUGCACACUGUGUCAUUAGACCAGCUUAAUUUGGGCAAUGAAAGCGACUCUGCCAGUGAUGAGGCCUCAAACACUGAUGAAGAGCACGAGGCUACCCCAGAGGCUGGUCCUGAAUCUUUUGCCGAUCCGGAAGAUGUGAAGGGCAAGACAAAAAAGAAACGUAAUGUACCAGUCGAGAAACAGCUGCGGUGCCGCUGCAAGAUCUGCCACAAGCAGUUCAAUGCUCUCGGAAAUCUACGUCGUCACAUAUCCAUGUUCCACUACCGUGCACGCCGCUUUGGCUGCAAUCUGUGCGAAUAUCGCGCAUUUAGGCGCUACGAUAUUGUUAAUCACUUGGGAUUUACCCACAAGAUAGAAGGAGAUCGAGACCAGCUGACAGAGCAAUAUGUAUCCACCCAUGAGUGCGAAUACUCUCGCGACGAUGUAGACGGUGAUAUCAUAUUGCUGGAUAAAGAAGAGGAGCUAGCAGUUAUAGAAAAGGAGGCCAAGCCGCCUAUUAAAACGUACGAAAGGCGCUUGAAGCGUGUUAAAACCAUAACCGAAUCUGCUGGUGAAGUGCGUACAGUAUCACCAACAACAGUGAUAAAGGAAGAACCUUGCCAGGAGCCGUCGGAAACUACUCCCAUAACUAGCAAAAAGCGUCGCAAAUCUCGCACUCAAAUCUCACCUGAAUCUGGCGAAUAUUCCCAGGAGAAGCGUCCCAUUCGGAAACGGGUGAAGGCUGUCAAUAAAGACUUUGUUUACGAUUUGGUAAGUUUUAAGCCAGACGGAUCAGGACAACAAGCACCAAAUGUUUUGGCUGUGGAGUCUAUGCGAGCCAAGCUGCGUCGCCCGGCGGCAAGCAGCAGUGAUGAAAGUAAACCCAAGCAAUGGGUGGCCUACAUUACCGAAGAAAAUAAGCAUCUGGUGCUAGGUAUCACACAACGCAUCAUGCUGAAACUGGUGAGCCAGGGUCUGGCGGUAUCUGCAACGUUGCCGGAAUUGCCUUCGGAGCGACCCCAGAUAAGACCACGUCUCGUCUCGCACACCCGCAGCGAAGGUGGCCAGCAGCAGCAGAAUGUAGUGGAAACCACAGUAAAUCCUGUUACGGAAACUGAGAGUUUUAUCGAAAAGAUGGCGAAGCGGACGGCGGGUGCUAGCAAGGAAGGCGCUGUCAUCAGCAACCUGUGGAACAAGGUCAACACUGCGAUUGCCCAGCAGCAGCAGCUGAAGCAAGAGCAGGAGAAGGAGCAGGAGAAGGGGCAGGAGCAGAAGCAGAAGCAGGAGCAGGAGCAGGAGCAGGAGCAGCUUCAAGAGAGCCAGCCAGAGAAAAAAUCCAAAACAGAAGAAUCAAAAAGCCCCCCGCCCCCAUUGCCAUCGCCGCCUAGCAUAUGCCACAACCCCGUGACCGAAACGUUGGCGACCACUGGUAUGGAAUGCUUGGGCGGUAAGGGCAGUCAAGCGGGAGCACCGACAAUGUUUCCGGCCCUGCCCAAGCCGCCAUCCGUUCUGCAGGCUGCUGUCAAUGGGACUAUCCAGCUCACCCUGGACAGUCUCCUGCGAGCCGCGCUGCAGAACUAAACGGAACAGGAAAUGGAAGCCACCACUAUCAUCAUCGUCGCUACUUUCACAACAUUCGUUGCCUUUCCUACUGGAUUUUUCCUCAGACUUUUGGGUGGUCGCUUCUCCAUCAACUGUUUUGAAUGUAAUUCACUAGUGUCCUUAUUGUAAACCAACUAAAUAAGAAACCAAGAAGAAUCAAACCAAGAAUCCCUAGUUGAUAGAUAAGCUUCGAGUAUUACGCGAAAAAAACAACCAAAACGAAUUCAAAAUCGUAGCAUAAUUUUCGGCUAUUAGCAAAUGUUUGUUGUUUGUGUAAAUUGAAAAAGUGCAGAUUUUUUAAAAUGUUAUAGUUAAUACUGUAAAUGUACCUAAUUUUAUAACCCCACAUGAAAUAAGUCAGACAAGUGUAUACGGUUGUUAUAAAUGUGUGCAGCAGACUGCCUUGCCAGGUUACAUAUUUCAACGAAAUCGGGCCAAUCUUCUUUAUGUACUUAUACAAAAAAGUAUUAGGGUGGACCGAUUUAAGUAUGUAGUUUGUAAAAUUUUUGAAGAUGAUCUAAAAUUUGAAUUGUUAAACUUGAUCUUAAUAUAAACCAGUAUAUUAGGUUAAA